GGAGAGAGGAGCCUGGCGGGCUACAGCCCAUGGGGUCACAGAGUGAGACAUGACAGCACACACACCUAGUAGACAGUGCGGUGCUAGUAAGUUCUUGAAAAAGUAAAAUUAUUUGACCAGUUUUGUGGUUUCUAAAGUAACUCUGGUGGUAUCAUGGGGGAUUAAUUGAAGUAGAGAGAAAACAGAGACAAACCCUUUGGAAAAUUCUGGAAGGAGGUAGAGUCAGGACUUUGAGGGCCUUUGCCAAGACAGGAGUUGGCAGCCUGGAUUCAGAGUGGGAAUUUUUUUUUUUUGGCUCCCUUUGGUCUUCAUUGUGGCAGGUGGAUCUUUUGUUGGGCAUACAGACUCUCUAAUUAUAGCUCUCAGGCUUAAUUGCUCUGUGGGAUGUGGGAUCUUAGUUCCUCAACCAGGAAUUGAACCUAUGUCCCCUAUUGCAAGGUGGAUCCUUAACUGCUGGACCACCAGGGAAGCCCCUGGAGUGGGUAUUUGAAGGCAACCAUAGGAAUAGUUAUCCAACUGAUACCUGAUUUCUGAGAUGGUUUUGAUUUUGACAUGAACACUGGAUUUCCCAGCAAACUUUUGAUUUUUCAAAUUGUGGGGAAAUGUUGCUUUCACUUUUUAAGAAAGAAAGUCCUAUUGUAAGUGUUUAUUGACCCAUAGCUUGGGGGGGGACAUGUGUCUCCCCCAGGUAGAUCCCAGUAUAAUUAGAUUUUAAGUAUCUAUUUUACUUGAAGUACCCAUUCAGAAGAUUUUUGACAUGUUUAAGGAUUGUAGACCAACAUUUAUAUUUAUGAAUAUAAUUAUUGGAUAUAUUAAUGUAAUGGAUGGAUUAGACCAGUCAGCUGUUAACAGAGAUGAAUUGUUUCCCACAGUUCAAACCAGGAUGAAAAUACAUAAUUGCCUACUUGCUUUGUCUCUUGUAACUGGUUUCUUUAGUUCAGAACUUGCUAAGGCCAUCAAACCUAUCGAUCGGAAGUCAGUCCAUCAGAUUUGUUCUGGGCAAGUAGUACUUGGUCUAAGCACUGCUGUGAAAGAGUUGGUAGAAAAUAGUGUGGAUGCCGGUGCAACUAGUAUUGAUCUCAGGCUUAAAGACUAUGGAGUGGAGCUCAUCGAAGUUUCAGACAACGGAUGUGGGGUAGAAGAAGAAAAUUUUGAAGGCUUAACUCUGAAACAUCACACUUCGAAGAUUCAGGAGUUUGCUGACCUCUCUCAGGUUGAAACUUUUGGCUUUCGAGGGGAAGCUCUGAGCUCACUCUGUGCACUGAGCGAUGUGACUAUUUCUACCUGCCACACGUCUGUGAAGGUUGGGACUCGAUUGGUGUUUGAUCACAAUGGAAAAAUCCUCCAGAAAACCCCCUACCCACGACCCAGGGGGACGACGGUCAGUGUGCAACAGCUAUUUUAUACGCUUCCUGUGCGCCAUAAGGAGUUUCAAAGGAAUAUUAAGAAGGAGUUCGCCAAGAUGGUUCAGGUGUUACAGGCAUACUGCAUCAUUUCAGCGGGUGUCCGUAUAAGUUGCACCAAUCAGGUUGGGCAGGGUAAGCGGCAGCCUGUGGUGUGCACCAGCGGAAGCUCCAGCAUGAAGGAAAACAUCGGAUUGGUGUUUGGGCAGAAGCAGUUGCAGAGCCUCACCCCUUUUGUGCAGCUGCCGCCUAGUGGCUCCAUCUGCGGAGAGUAUGGGCUGAGCUGUUCCCAGGCUCUGCAUGACCUGUUUUGUAUCUCAGGUUUUAUUUCGCACUGUGCUCAUGGCGUGGGAAGAAGUUCAACGGACAGACAGUUUUUCUUUAUCAAUCGGCGGCCUUGUGACCCAGCAAAGGUUUCCAGACUUGUGAAUGAGGUCUAUCACAUGUAUAAUCGACAUCAGUACCCAUUUGUUGUUCUUAAUAUUUCUGUUGAUUCGGAAUGUGUCGACAUCAACGUUACUCCAGAUAAAAGGCAAAUUUUACUGCAAGAGGAGAAGCUUUUGUUGGCAGUUUUAAAGACGUCUUUGAUAGGAAUGUUCGAGAGUGAGGUUAAACUGCAGGUCAGCCAGCAGUCGCUGCCGGCUAUGGAAGGUCACUUAAUAAAGAGGCCUUCGGCAGAGAUGGAGAAGCCCGAGCCAGAAAAGCAGGAUGAUCCUGCUCCAUUAAGGACUCACGGAGAAGAGAAAAGGGCAGUGACCAUUUCUAGGCUGAGAGAGGCCUUUUCCCUUCAUCACUCGACUGAGAACAAGUCCCGGGGUCCGAAGGCCACCGAUCCGAGGCGGGUUUCUCUGAGGCAGAAAAGCAGUGCCCAGUUCCCUAGAGCUUCGGGGCCCCCCUGCUCCCAGAAGCACAUCUCUGAACCUGGGGAGGAAGGGAGGACUUCUGCUCAGGGGCCCCUUGACUUGAUGGGCAGAGUGGAGAUGGAGGAGGACUCGGGGCACAGCAGUGCAUCUGCCAGCUCCAAGGAGGCAUCCAGCACCCCUGAGACGAGCGGCACUGAGACGAGCACUGACCGGGUGGCAAGCUCCCCUGAAGACAAGUUUUCCCAAGAAAGUGUGGAGUCUCGGGAAAAGUUACCUGAAACUGACUGUCGUCUUUCAGGCACAAAGUGCCAUUUAGACCAAGAAAUCGGCUCCACAUCUAGAGUCUUGCCACAGCCCACGAAGCUCUCAUCCCCAAAUGCAAAGCGUUUUAAAAAAGAAGGGAUUCCUUUAAAUCCCGACAUCCUUCCAGAGUCGGUGAAAACCCAGAGUGCAUCGGCGUCUGAGGUGGAUGUAGCUGUGAAAAUUAACAAGAAAAUAGUGCCCCUUGAUUUUUCCAUGAGUUCUUUAGCCGAACGAAUAAAGCAGUUGUGUCAGCAAGAACUGCAACAAGAAAGUCAACAGAAUUAUAGGAAGUUUCGCGCAAAGAUUUGCCCUGGAGAAAAUCAAGCAGCAGAAGACGAACUAAGAAAAGAGAUCAGCAAAACGAUGUUUGCAGAAAUGGAAAUCAUUGGUCAGUUUAACUUGGGGUUUAUCAUCACCAAGCUGAAUGCAGAUAUCUUCAUAGUGGACCAGCAUGCCACGGACGAGAAGUACAACUUCGAGAUGCUUCAGCAGCACACUGUUCUCCAGGGUCAAAGGCUUAUAGCACCUCAGACUCUCAACCUAACAGCUGUCAAUGAAGCAAUUCUAAUAGAAAAUCUGGAAAUAUUCAGGAAGAAUGGCUUUGACUUUGUUAUCGAUGAACACGCGCCAGUUACUGAAAGAGCCAAGCUGAUUUCCUUGCCAACCAGUAAGAACUGGACCUUUGGACCCCAGGACAUAGAUGAGCUGCUCUUCAUGCUGAGCGACAGCCCCGGGGUCAUGUGCCGGCCCUCCCGCGUCCGGCAGAUGUUCGCCUCCAGAGCCUGUCGCAAGUCUGUGAUGAUUGGAACCCCUCUUAACACAAGCGAGAUGAAGAAACUCAUCAUGCACAUGGGGGAGAUGGACCAUCCCUGGAACUGUCCCCACGGAAGGCCCACCAUGAGACACAUCGCCAACCUGGACGUCAUUUCUCAGAGCUGAUGGCGCUUCCCGUUUUAUAGAGCUGUUGAUCGUAUUGCAGGUUUUUCUGUUUUGCAAGGCAGGGCUUUAAUGAACCGUUUGAGGGCUGUGUUUCUAAAUGCAACUGCUACUUCCAAAGGCAUCAGAUCCAUUUAGAAAUGAGCUUGUGGGCUUUUUUGAUCCAUGUGGAGCACUGCUUGCAACACUUUUUUUGUUUUGCAUUUAAACGCGUGCCUGUGUGUAUAUAGAGGCAAGAGUAUAUUUUACAGAAAUAGAGCACUUUAGAAGUCACUCGACCUCUGCUGUGGCCUGACAUAUUUUGGUCUGUAACUUUCAUCCCUUAGUAAUGACUGAGUCCCUAAUGGUUUCACUUCAUUAAGUUAACAUUUACAGUUCUUUGGAGCUAGUCAUUCUGAACCCUGAUGCAUAUUAAAUUUAGAAAAGAAUCCUAGAAAACCCAAGGGGGUUUCUCUGUCCAGCUGGAAGAAGUCAAGCAGGUGGAUUGGGGUCUCUCUUUUCUGUUUCUUCCUUUGUCGUUGUAAUUUUUGUUUUGUUUUCAGCAGUGUCGCAAGGUUUUCGGGGAUUGAACCUGGACCACUGUGGUGAAAGCCCAGGAUCCUAACCACUGAACCGACAGGGAGCUCCUGGAUCUCACUUUUUAAAUGUUUCCUGCUGCAGCCAGAAUGGCAAAGACUGUUGUGCAUGCUCAGGUGCUCAGUUGUGUCCAGCUCUUUGCGACCCCAUGGACUGUGGCCUGCCGGGCUCCUCUGUCCUUGGAAUUUUCUAGGCAAGGAUACUGGAGUGGGUUGCCAUAUCAUUCUCUAGGAGAUCUUCCCGACCCAAGGAUCGAACUCAAGUCUUCUGCGUCUCCUGCUUGGCAGGUGGAUUCUUUACCACUGAGACACCUGGGAAGCCCAAAGACUGUUGUAGGCAAGGGAAAAUAAAAGAUUCUGAUUUUUCUG